AUGGCACCGCUUAACGUCGCCAAUAUCGGAGCCGGUCCAGCCGGUUGCCUGUUAGCCCGUCUGCUGCAUAUAAACGGCAUUCAAUUUACAGUGUUUGAAGCUGAAGCAUCCCCCGACAGUCGUCGCAUUCAAGGCGGGACUCUUGACUUGCACGCAAAGACGGGCAUUGCCGCGCUGAAGGCAGCAGGGCUAUACGACGAAUUCACCAAACUUGCGCGUUUCGACGGAUCGUCUCUGACCAUCUGUGAUAAGAGAAACCAGCCUUACUUCAGACUGCCAGCCCUGUUUACGAAUAAUCCAGAGAUAGACCGUGUGCAGCUCCGGUCACUGCUAUUGCAAUCGAUACCCUCGGAUCGGAACCGGGGAAAAGUCCAAGGCGGAUUCAGCCUUGUGGUUGGUGCUGAUGGAGCGUGGAGUGUAGUUCGAUCAGGUCUCAGAGACCCACUGCCAGAGUAUUCGGGGAUAUCAGGCUUCGAUAUGUCUAUGCCCAAUGCACAAGAAAAGGCACUCCCAACUUACGAUCUACUUCAGCGUGGGAAUCUGUUUGCCUUUUCAGACGGCAAGUCCAUCAUCGCUCAGCAGAUGGGCGAUGGAAGUAUCCAUGUCUCAGCCUGGGGGCGUAAGAACAUCGAAUGGGCGAAUGAGACGAGGGCACAGCUGCCAUCCCUCAGGGAUACUACUAGUGAAUAUGCAGACUGGGCGCCAGAGUUGGUGGAUAUGAUCAAUCAGACCGAGCGUCACAUUAGGGCUUCUUCAUUUUACAUGCUCCCCUGA